GCUGGCUACCGGGACCCGAGAAGUUCCCGGCCCGUGACGCAAGCCUCGGCCGCAAGCGCCCGGUCGGACGCCCUUGCGGCCAGGCCUCCUCGGGAGGGGCCAGUGAGCCCCCGGCCCUCUUCCCGGUCACAAUGGUAGCUCGCGGCCGGGAAACAGAGCCAUGGAGGCGGGGACUCCGGGCCGCAGCGCCGCUACCGCCCCCGGUACGGACCUUCUCCAGGGACGCGUCCAUGGCUGAGGCGGCCCGAUGGAGGCCCGGCAGUCCCGGGAGCUACUUCCGCCUCCCGCUCCCCGCAGCGGUCUCCACGCUGGCAGAGCUGACGUCCCCGGCGCCGGCGGCCGGCGGGGUGGAGACGAGGAGGAGCUGCCGGGUGGCGCCGCGGGGUGGGGAGUCUGCGGGGCUCGGGGAGGCGAGGCGGGGCGCCGAGGGUGGGCGCGGCCCUCUAGGCUUCCGUACCUGCCGUGACGCUGGCCAGCCUAACGCUCCCAGUUCCAGUCCAGGUAGAUCCGGACCCAAGUACCCUGACUGCAGCGCCUGGAGACUACACAUCCUGCUUCCGCAACUGCUUCCACCCCUGCAGUAUAAUCGUAUGAGUAUUCUCCAGGGAAAGGAUGACAUAUUUUUAGACCUGAAACAGAAAUUCUGGAAUACAUAUAAGAGUGGUCUGAUGUACUGGCCUUUUGUACAGCUGACCAACUUCAGUCUUGUUCCUGUUCACUGGAGAACAGCUUACACUGGACUUUGUGGUUUUCUGUGGGCUACCUUCCUUUGCUUUUCACAACAGAGUGGCGACGGCACGUUGAAGUCAGUUUUCAUCUUCCUUCAAAGAAAGGAGACAACACAGUCCAAAGGGCCCUAGAGAAAUGAGAGAUGAAGGACUCCCCAAAAGUGACUAAAUUUUUUUCCUUAAAUGCAGUGGCUUGCAGAUAAAAUACUCUAUUGACCAGUUAUGUGAUCCAUUUUGAAGAAUCACUGUCUGGAGACCUAGUUGUUUCCUAAUUAUCAACAAGUACUUUAAAUUUUAUUCAAACCUCUUUUGUACCCCCAUUUUGGUCUGAAAAUUUUACUUAAUAUCUCUCUAAUACUUUGAUGAAUGUCAAUAACAGCUGCAUAAUGGCA